AUGUCUGCUUUUGAGGAUGAUUCCGCCGCUUUGGUCAUUGACAACGGAAGUGGAAUGUGUAAGGCGGGAUUUGCUGGAGAUGAUGCACCACGUGCUGUGUUUCCUGCCAUUACUGGACGACCUCAUUAUGAUAUGAUCAUGCCAGGCAUGGGAAAUAAAGACUGUUAUAUUGGAGACGAGGCCCAGAACAAAAGAGGUAUAUUAACCCUGAGAUAUCCACUGGAACACGGAAUCGUCACCAACUGGGACGACAUGGAGAAGAUCUGGCACCACACCUUCUAUAACGAGCUACGUGUGGCGCCGGAGGAACAUCCGGUCAUGUUGACAGAAGCACCACUUAAUCCUAAGGCAAACAGAGAAAUGAUGACACAGAUCAUGUUCGAGACUUUCAACACUCCUGCCUUCUACGUGGCGAUACAGGCUGUGUUGUCUCUGUAUGCCUCAGGACGAACAACGGGCAUCGUGUUUGAUGCAGGGGAUGGUGUGUCACACGUGGUACCUAUCUACGAGGGUUACGCCCUCCCUCACGCCAUCAAACGUGUAGACUUGGCAGGUCGUGACCUCACAGCCUACCUUCAGAAGAUCCUCCACGAAAGAGGAUACAGCUUCACAACUUCAGCGGAACAGGAAGUUGUACGAGAUAUGAAGGAGAAGUUAUCUUAUGUGGCAUUGGACUUUGAAUGUGAAAUGGAAACCGCUUCAAAAUCUUCAACAAUAGAGAAGACGUUCGAACUUCCUGACGGCCAACAUGUUACUGUCGGUAACGAGAGGUUCCGAUGUCCUGAGGCACUCUUCCAACCUUCGUUUCUAGGAAUGGAAUCAGCAGGAAUCCACGAACUUCUCCACAAUUCAGUGAUGUCAUGCGAUAUUGACACUGCCUUCUAUGUGGCGAUACAGGCUGUGUUGUCUCUGUAUGCCUCAGGACGAACCACGGGCAUCGUGUUUGAUGCCGGUGAUGGUGUGUCACACGUGGUACCUAUCUACGAGGGUUACGCCCUCCCUCACGCCAUCAAACGUGUAGACUUGGCAGGUCGUGACCUCACAGCCUACCUUCAGAAGAUCCUCCACGAAAGAGGCUACAGCUUCACAACUUCAGCGGAACAGGAAGUUGUUCGAGAUAUGAAGGAGAAGUUAUCUUAUGUGGCAUUGGACUUUGAAUGUGAAAUGGAAACCGCUUCAAAAUCUUCAACAAUAGAGAAGACGUUCGAACUUCCUGACGGCCAACAUAUUACUGUCGGUAACGAGAGGUUCCGAUGUCCUGAGGCACUCUUCCAACCUUCGUUUCUAGGAAUGGAAUCAGCAGGAAUCCACGAACUUCUCCACAAUUCAGUGAUGUCAUGCGAUAUUGACAUUCGACGUGAUUUGUACCACAAUGUCGUCAUAUCCGGUGGAAGCACAAUGUUUCCAGGUAUUGCUGAUCGUCUGAAAAAGGAAAUGGAUGCUGUCGUGCCUAACAGCAUGUCGGUGAAGGUCAUAGCGCCUCCGGAGAGGAAGUAUUCCGUGUGGAUCGGUGGAUCCAUCAUGGCAUCUCUAUCUACAUUCCAACAGAUGUGGGUGUCCAAACAGGAGUAUGAUGAAUGUGGACCAGGAAUAGUCCACAGAAAGUGUUUCUAG